UACCUCAGCUGCUCACUUUGCAGAAAAGUCAGACCCAAACGCUGCCCAGCUCGGGCUGCCCCGCUCUCCAAAGCCAGCUGGUCUGGCUUAGCAGCGCUGCUUUUACUCACCUUUUUUAUUUUCUAUUUGGUUUCGGCUCAUCUUGUUUGAUACAAGGGACCGAGUGAGCAAACCCACAGCUGGAGCUGCUGGGAAUCCUUCCAGGUGAAGACAGAAACAGAAAGCACUGGUGCUUACUUACUCACUGACAGCCCGGGAAGCGCGUGCUCUGCUCCGAGAGGAGACGACUCGCUGGAUGGACUGAAGUGAACCGCUGGACGGAGACACGCUGCAAGCAGGACGUGGCGUGACGAAUCAUGCGGGACUGAGCGGGAGGUUCCAGCCAGCAAAUUUGAGACUGAGAAGAAAAAACCAUUUGAGGAGCUGGAAGUGGAUUGAAGGAGGCAUUAAGAAGCAACGUUUGUGAAAGAAAAGAAGAAGCAUAAGUGGGAAAAUCGCAACGAUGGGGAGGAAAAAGAUUCAGAUUGCACGAAUAAUGGAUGAAAGGAACAGACAUGUGACAUUUACAAAGCGCAAGUUUGGCCUGAUGAAGAAAGCCUACGAGCUGAGCGUCCUGUGUGACUGUGAGAUCGCUCUCAUCAUCUUCAACAGCACCAACAAGCUGUUCCAGUACGCCAGCACCGACAUGGACAAGGUUCUGCUCAAAUACACCGAGUACAACGAGCCACAUGAGAGUAGGACCAACUCGGACAUUGUGGAUACUCUACGGAAGAAGGGUUUAAACGGCUGUGAAAGCCCCGACAUUGAAGCUGACGACUCUGCUGGCCAGAGCCCAGAGUUAGACGACAAGUACUGCAAACUCAACGAAGACAUCGAUCUGAUGAUCAACCGGCAGAGAAUCUGUGGUCUGCCUCCCUCUGGCUACGACAUGGGGGUGACCCUCCCAGGCAGCAAUCCCAGCGGGCUUCUGUACUCUCACCAGGCCAUAGGGGGCGCUGUGGGUAAUCACAACUUGCUGCCCAUCUCACACUCAUCCUUGCAGAGAAACACUAUGUCCCCCCAACGACCCUGUAGCACUGGGAAUGCAGGGCUGAUGGCUUCUGACCUUCCCAACACUGUGGUCUCCAGCGUGGGAAAUGGCAACUUCAGCUCCCACUGCAGUUCCCCCGGCCUCAUGUCCCCGGCCGGCGUCUCUAAGAACAUGCAGGACAAGAGUCCUCCUCACCUGGGCAUGAGCCACAAGCCUGACCUCCGCACACUGAUGCCGCCCUCCAACAAGUGCUCCAUCAUGCCAACGAACCAGAGAAUAAAUCACUCACAGACAGCUCAGACUCUGUCCACCCCUGCAGUGUCCAUCGCUGCCUCUGGGAUUGGUGGUUAUCCCUCUGCCAUCUCCUCCUACAGCACAGAGUUUUCCCUCGGCAGCGACCUGUCCUCCCUGUCUGGGUUCGGGGGCUCGGGUCUGGGAUCAGUGGCGAGCUGGCAGCAGCAGCAGCUGCAGAACCUCCAGCACUCUGCGCUUGGACACAUGGGAAACUUGUGCCAGAACUCCGGCCUGGACGUCGGCGUUCACAACAACCUCCACAUUAAGUGCGAGCCGGCCUCUCCUCCCAGAGACCGGAGCCUAGGCAUGGGCGGGGUCGGACUCAGAGGAGGCGUCAACACGGCCGGAUACGCCCUCGGCGCCGGCCGGGGGCCCCACGAAUCCGGCAGUUCCCCUGGCGACAGCGCCUCCAGCUGUGGCAGCUCGUACGAAGGCAGCGAGGAGCGCGAGGAUCACCACGGCAACGAUAGCUUCCUACUGCAGCCGCUGCCCAGUCAGGAGGAACGUCACAGCCCGUCAGUAAAACGGAUGAGGCUAUCAGAAGGCUGGGCCACAUAAUGGGAGGAAGCAUCUCCACAGGAACGGGGGGGAGUAAAGUUACCAUAUAGUGUUAUUAUUAUUAUUAUUAUUAUUAUUAUCACUAUCAUAUUCUCCUUGUACUGAAUGCAUGUGCUUUAUGUUUAAUGGUGGUCUGUAGUUGAGGUGGCUGGUUUUGCGAUGUGAGGUCAGGAUCAGCACACAUCACCUGAAGAACAAAACUCUCAAGUUUUAUCUGUGUGUCACAACAUUCUGAACAUAAAUCAUAUGAAAUAUUAAUUUAUUCAAAAUCUGGUAAAAUACACCUAUGCAGCUUUUUGUGUACCACAAUAACAGCUUUCUUCUUGCCAAUAGUCCAUAAAGUUUCAGCCGAUAAUCGACAGAUCCCAGCUGAUAUGAGGAUCUCCACAGCUCCUCCAGAGUCACCAGGAGCCUCUGCAUAAUGCUGCCACUACCAGCUAGCUGAGCUGGGCGAACAUGUGCAGCUGCUCCAUCCUCUUGUUUAGUCCCUGCUCUGACCAGACGUGUAUUUUGGUAUUGUCUAACUACGGCUGCAGCUAACGACUAUUCUAGUAAUCCAUUAAUCAGAUUUAAAAAAUGCCCAAUCUUUUAUUUUACCACUUCAGCUUAUUUUAUAUAAUGUUGGAAAUACAUGAAAAAUAUACAAAUGAACAAAAUUAUAUGACUUUUUAUAGGAAAAUAUACUUUUUAAGCCUAAAAUGCAUGAGCAUCAUUACUCAUCUGCAGCUGAAAUAAAACAUCUGACAUGAACAUGUGGAAAGCUCAGACUGUUCCAUCGUUACAGUGUCAGACUCAUCGGCUGAUUAACAUUUGGAGAGCAAAAGGUGCUUAAGAGGAGAUUUAUUUUAUUUUUUUAUUUAUUUUUAUUUUUUUGCAGAAUUUGAACCAUGUGAAGCUAAAAAUGCCAGUUAUGUUCUGGGUAGAUCAGAUUUUUCUAUCUUAAAUCCAAGUUGCAGAUGUCUUCAUACAGGGUUUGGUUUAGUUCCUGCUUGAGUGUUUUUUCUUUCUUUCAGCAGUUGGCCUGUUUGAGAGCCAGUUAACAAUUAAUCAAUUAGUAGAUUAGUUGACUAUUAUUUCAAUAAUCGAUCAAUCAUGAUUAAUCCAAUUAAUCUGAUUAAUUGUUUCAGCCCUAAAUAUAACAGUAGUUUAUCCUUCUCCUGAAUUUUCUUUCUGUUCUGCCUAUUUGUAAAAAUAAGCUCACUUUAAUCAUGUCUUCCCUUUAUUGGACCCAAAGCUCAAACUUUCUCACAAGAAUGUUUUGACACAGGAGUAAAUCUUGAGAAUGUUUGUAUUUUAUAUAUAUAUUUUUUUGAUGUAAGCUGAUAGAUGAGACUUUCACCUGAGGCCAUCUUCCGCGAGGAGGUUUGACGGUGUACAUUUACUGCUUGUUUUCAGUGUGUGUUUAGGUAGCGUGGGGAUUAUAAGUGAGUUUCUCAUGUAUGCAAGCUAAAGAAGAGGUCAAAGUGAAGAAGUCUGGUACUCUGAACAGUGAAGCUACUGGCGAGUUUGAACGUGGAUCCGAGCUGAUGCUCUUGCUCCACGGCUGUCAUACAAAUAAAUGCUUCUAAACGUAUCGCACAAUUAAACGAGAACAGGUUAAAGGGCAAAGAAGCCGCUGAAAAAAGUAGGAAAAGACUUAAAGAGGAGGGUAGGUGCUGAGCGGGGGAUUCUCCACUAACAGUAACCACAGGAAGAGCCUGCUGGUCCUGUUAUUGGAAAGGUUGAGGACAGGCGGAGGUGUUGAGAUGGCUGCUGAGAGGUCUAAUGGAGUCAAGGCAACAGGUUGCUUAGAAAAAAAAUGUUUUAUUGAUUCUACUUGGGAUUGAGAUGCUCAGUUUUUGAUGAGUUUUCUGAGUCUGGUGGCAAAAAACAAAAAUAUAUAUAUAUCAGGAUAGUCAAAACGUCAGGAGCACUUUGGGCUGGAUCUGACAGGAAGCUAACAAAAUGAACCACUACAGAAUGUUAACACACAACGUUUCCUCUAGUCCCUACUGACUGCUGGGUGUACGCUGAAACCAAAGCUAACGAGACAGUAAAGGCUUAAAUAGUAAUAAAAACAACUGGACAAUACAGAAAGCCAAGCUAAGUUGAAUGUGCUGACAUCUAGAGGCCACUUUAGAAGUUGCAGCCUCUCUAUUUGCAGAGUUGACGGUUCUGACAGCAGCAGAACUGUCAGGCUUGUUUCCUCUACAUGUUUGUGGGCUGCUUUGGUCUUCAAAGAAAAGCCAACAAGAAGCAAAAUGUUUCUAUCAAAAGUAGACAUUAAAUAUUUUUCUCUUUGUUUUGUAGAAUGGUUAAAUGGUUGUCUCCUACAGCACUAAACAUUCUGAGCAUUUAUCGUAUCGUUGAUCAUUUAUCAUGAUAAAUUUAUUGCCAUGAAUUUGACAUUAAUUAAAUGUUAAUUAAUAACUAUUAAUUCUGAAUUAAUAAUAUUAUCAAUUAUUCAAUUAAUAAUAUUUAAAACCUCCCAAAACUGUUCAUAUUGUUGGCAUUGUUAGUUUUACAAUUUUCUCCACGGUUUGUUCAUUGAGAGUAUCAAUAAAUUUGAAAAUAUGAUUAAAUGCAGUUACAUGCAAUUACCUAAAAAAGAAGGGAUAAAUAGUGCUUUUCAGUUUUGUUUAUCACAAAAUAUUGUAUUAAAACUUUAAGUCCACGUCACCCACCCCUUUCCAAAGCACAAAAUGACUCAGAUGGUCAUCCAAAUUGGUCUUCAGACACUAAAUAAUCCAGUCAUUUAAGGUUAGUUCUAAAUAGUCCGUUUCCUGUGUGUUUGAAUGGGUUCAUGCUGUGUAACUUCCUCUGUUGUGGUUCGUUUUCAGUUUUCUGUCCAGUCCACAUGAAGUCAGGCGUCACAGUGACGGGUCAGAGUGGGGAGCUAAAAAGCCAUAACAUACAGAACAGAGAUGCUUUACUGCACCAACCUGCAGGUGUGUUUAGAGACUAAAGGUUCCUUUGUUACUAUAGAAACGGGAUGUUUUAUUGAACGGUCUAAGUCUCCAUAUACACACGCAACAGGAAGCACAAGGUUUUGACGGCUGGUGUCAGACCUGGCUGCUCACCUUACUGGGCUUUUUCAUUCACUCAGGUCAUUUGGUCCAGAAAUGUCCCAUUACUACUGUACAGUUUCAGUAAUAGCUACUGUAACUGUAAAUGUAACUACAGGGUUGGUUCCCAAACCAAACAUGGAAAACAAAAUCCAAUGAAAAAAACCCAACGGAACAUUCCCAUCCUCAGUCAGAGAAACUAUUUUAGCUGCUUCUAGAUGUAGCAGACUAGCAGUGCACCGUAUUAUCUUCAAGAAGUCUGACCCGUCGAUUCCCAUUUUGGCCGUUAUCUAUCUUUUUAUCUGAAAAGUUGCUAAAUGCAGCAAGAAUGUCGCUAAGUUGGCAACAAUUGGGUGACUAUUGUCAACUGCAAACGUGCAGACAUGGUGGGCGGGUCUGUCAGCCAAACAUCAGCAGAGGACACUGCUGGUGUUUUUGGAUCUCUGCUGAGGUAGAUAAAAAUCGACUUCAUAUGUAAAUAUCAUCCGAUCUCCCAAAGUUAAGGAGAUCGGAGCCGAUUUAUCAGCUGGUUUAUUUAUUAAUAUUCUAUUUAUUAGUUAUGGUGCCUUGCUGGAGGUUGGGACUCUGAUUUAGGAAUGAGUUCCUGUUUAGCUUUUGAAAUUAAAACUUAUUAAUUCUCCAAGUCCAAAUAAAACACCAAUAAUUUUCCCUGUUGCCGUGUUUCAGCCGGUCUGACACCAGCCACACAUGGAGGUUGUUCCAACUGGACAUACAAUAUCAUCCCUAUUAGAGUUUUCCUUUUGCUUUUCUUUCCGUUUUUUUUUUUUUUUUUUGUUCUGUGUUUUGUUUUUCUUUCUGUGUAUUGAUUGAAAAGACAGAAGUGGCUGAGGGUUCAAAUUUGAAUAUUUUGGCUUAAAACUGUAUAUUUGGAGCUCGACCCCUCAGCUACUCUUCACUUUUUCUGCUCUGCGCCUGAAUUCUCUUAGAAAUUCAGAGAGGUACUUCUCUCCUCCAUCUCCAUAAGUCAGGAUGGUCGUCUAAAACCUAAAAGAUGUUAGACACACAAAAAAGUCGGGAGCUCAUUCCUGGACUCCAGGUGGCGCCAGCUAAUUGCAGAUGAAAAUAGAAGGCUGGCUUUAAAAGGAAGAGAGAAUGUAAGCUAAGCAGCGUGAAAAACUUCAAAUCAAAUCUUUGUAUUAUUUCUGGAACCAGUUUCGGUCUGGACCUCUGUCAGGUACCUACAAAGCUCUGAUUAAAUUGUUAAAAAAAAAAGUUGUACUUAAUUAUUUUUUUUUUUUAUCUGACCAGGUUGGUGAAUCUUUUAUGAACAAAAGAAACGUAAAAGUUUGGCCUGCAUUCUCCCCUCAUCACAGGCUUUCCGGAUGUACUGAGAGGUUGUUAGCGGCAUGAGCUGGCCUUUUGUCGCCACCUGACUCACCGACCAACCAAGUGCACAUGGGUUGUCGCAGAGCUCCCUCACUCAGAACUGUGGUAGUGUUUGUAUUUUGCAGAAAAAUAAAAAUGCUCAUGUUUUUGUUCCA